UGUAUCGCCGUCAAAGAACAGAUAAAACAGUUUCGAAUUUCGAGUCAGAAGGGUUGGUUGGCUGAAAGAUUUCACGCGUAGAUUUUGUGGAUUUAAUUAAACACUCUUUCAUUUUCCAAAUAUAAUUGAAGCGCGCGUGUAUGCAGUCGGUCAGUGUCAGUGGUCAAUCAGUGAAUAAUUAUCUACUGUAUUAAGUGCGUGCGUUCGUGCUAAUAAAGUUAUAGUGUAAGAGAUUACAAGAUUACUAGAUUAGACAAAUACUAAAUAUUAUAAAUGAAAAAUAUUAAAAAAAAAGAUUCUAUGAAUAACUUAGUACUGUAUACUUGCUAACAAAGUAAACGUACCGAAACUGAUUCAGUAAAAUAUAUAGAUUUCCUGUGUUCAAGUACAAAUAAAAAUCGCCAAAAUUCUGUCCUCACUGUGGAAUGCGCCCACCCAGUUGGUCGGUGGAUUGGAUUCAAAAGGCGCCAAGCAUCCAAAAUUUAAAAUAACAGUGGUCAGUACACCGAGUCCAUCACCGACGUCGCCUCCACCAACACCACCCCCAUUGUCGCUCUCGUUGCCUUUGACAUCGCAUAACGCAACGAUUGCCAUUAGUAAUUCCGCAUUGCUUCAUAACAACAACAGUGAUAUGGUUGAGACGACCACUCCUCCCAGUGGAGUUGCUAUGAAACGUUAUGCCGUCGGAAUAGUUGGUACGGGGAGUCCGCUCAGUGAACACCAACAUCAUCAGCAACAACAUCAUCACCAGCAGCAGCAACAACAACACCAACACCAUUUACAGCAACAAUUGCAACAACAGCAGUCUAACUUACAACAUAUGAGUCAAAGUCGUCAAAGUUCGCGAUCCCCACCGUCGAGUACGCCGAAUGCCGCCUAUUUGACUACCGCGAUGCUUUUAAAUUCGCAACAAUGUGGCUAUCUGGGACAACGAUUACAAUCGGUGUUGCAACAACAGCAACAAAAUCAAAUGCAGCAACAUCAACACCACCAGCAGUCGCAAUCACAAACUCCCUCCUCUGAUGAUGGAUCGCAAUCCGGCGCCACCAUCAUUGACGAUGAGCGUCCACACCGACCUGCGGCAGGCACCGCAACUGCCGCGGCCGCAGCGGCUUCACUCUUUACCAUUGACAGUAUUUUAGGUGGUUCAAGAUCCGCCGUAAAUAGUAGUAAUAUUAAUAACAGUAACAACAAUAACAACACCAGUCAUAUGGUCAUCGGUGGCACAAAGCGCUCCGAUUCCCCCGCCUCACCCAGUUCUAAUUCCAGUUCAGCGGCAACGAGCCCCAUACGACCGCAACGGGUUCCUGCCAUGUUGCAGCAUCCCGGCUUGCAUUUGGGCCAUUUAGCCGCAGCUGCCGCCACCGGGUUCGCCGCCUCUCCAUCCGAUUUCUUAGUGGCGUACCCGAAUUUCUAUCCAAAUUACAUGCACGCCGCCGCGGUCGCUCAUGUGGCUGCAGCGCAAAUGCAGGCUCAUGUCAGCGGUCAUGGUGCCGCGGCGGCCGCCCUAGCAGCGCACACACAUCCCCACCAUGCGCAUCACUUGCACCACCCGCAUCACCCGCACCAUCAUGUGGCCCAUCAUUUGGGUCAUGGACCACCGCCAAAACGAAAGCGCCGUCAUCGCACAAUUUUCACCGAAGAACAAUUGGAGCAGCUUGAGGCGACUUUCGACAAGACACACUAUCCCGAUGUGGUGCUACGCGAGCAGUUAGCGCUGAAAGUGGAUCUCAAGGAGGAGCGUGUGGAGGUUUGGUUUAAAAACCGUCGCGCUAAGUGGCGUAAACAGAAGCGUGAGGAGCAGGAGCGUCUGCGUAAGCUGCAAGAGGAGCAGUGCGGCGGUGCCGGCAACGCGCCGUCAGGCGCCUCAGGCGCUGCGGGAAUGGCCGCGGUGAACGCCAACGGCGCUGUAAUGGCCGCUGUGGCGAAUCUGAAAUGCGCCGCCGAGGAUUACGCCAGUCAACUGAGUCAUCACAUUAAAACCGAUCCGAAUAGCUAUAAUAGCGACGCCGAUGAGUCGUCCGACCUGGAGGUGGCAUAAAACACUGUGCGCCACGCCACUUAUUUGUACAUAUGUAGAUUUUCACCUUAAUUUAAAUAUAAUUUAGUUGGUAUGUUCUUAGACCA